AUGCGUCAAUAUGAAUACCAACGACUCGCCACUGAUGAAGCCUUACACAACGAUAAUCUUCCCUUGAAUCCACCAGAAUAUGUUGAAUCUAGCAAUGGACAAAGAUAUGAGAGUAAUGAAUAUGACUACCCUCACGAGUCGUCUUCUACAUCAGUACCAAUAGAACAAUUUGAAAUUGAGGAUGCGCCGCUAGACGAGCCCAGCGGGUUAUUUGAUCGAGCUCAAGCAUUUUCUAAAAAAUUCGCUAAUAAUGUCAACACACGUCUAAUAAGUCCCGUUAGCAGGAUGAUCGAUCCGAUAUAUGAAGGAUACAAGUUUUUACACAUGCAGUAUGAGAGACUGAUUUUAAAAGUCGGUAAUCCUUUAGUGGUUAAGAGACUUUUGUACGUUUUCAUAAUGAUGCUAUUGAUAUUUGGAAUAACCAAGUAUACUUCAAACACUUCAAUCACUGGGGCUAAUGUAGGGGCUUUUGCAAGAGGCAAAUUUUAUGAUGUGGACAAGCUAGCUGAUUCCGCCCGGCAAUUUAUCGACCCCAAAUCAAUGAAGGAAAACCUUGAAUAUUUCUCAUCAAUGCCACAUAUCACGGGCUCCAAAGGUGACUUGGCAUUUGCAAGGUAUAUUGAGACGUAUAUGAAGAACAAUGGACUACAUAAUGUUUACCUCAAUGAGUUUCAAUCGUUUACGAAUUACCCAAAUGUUGAUGGCACCUUUCUUAAACUAGCUGAUGGUUCAUUUGAGGCCAAAUUGAAUGAAAAACACAGCAAAGAGAUGCAAUUUCUCGCAUACAAUCCAAAUGCAUUGAACACAAUCGAUGUUGUUGAAGGUGAGUACGUUUAUGUGAAUUACGGCCGGUCCGAAGAUCUCAAACAGCUAGAAGAGAAGGGGAUAGACACAAAAGGUAAAAUAUUACUAAUGAAAUAUGGGGGCAACGUACCGGAGGGGAAUAAAGUUCAUUUUGCUGAAAAACAUGGAGCAAAAGCAGUUGUCUUCAUUACAUCAAAGUUUAAACUAGCUGAUGAUACUGAAGUUGACGAUGUUAUACAAAGAGAAAAUGUCGGGUUGACAAGAAUGUCAUCUGGCGAUAUUCUCACUCCUGGCUGGUCAUCAGAAGGGGGGUUUGUUACUAGACUUUCAUGGGACAAGUCGGAGACCACGCCUAGAGUGCCAACAAUACCGAUCUCAUGGAGAGAUGGAGAAACAUUGAUGAAGAAAUUGCAAAAUGGGUACACUUUUGAUGAUUUCAUUAGUGGUGAUGGCUCAUCACCAGUGUUGCAAUUGAAGAUCUCCAACACCAAUCGUCCCGUACAUCCAUUUUGGAAUGUUGUUGGCUCAAUUGAAGGUAGAGAACAGGCCGAAAAGGGGAUAAUUGUUGGUUCGGUACGAGAUUCUGCAUGUUAUGGAACAAUGGGAAGCAAUACGGGAACAGUUGGGUUUCUCGAACUCGUCAAGAUCCUUACUUCAUUGCAAAGAAAAUAUCAAUGGGUUCCUUCAAGAUCGAUAUACUUUGUGUCAUUCGAUGCUACUGAGUACAAUUUGGCUGGUGCUACAGAAUGGAUUGAAAAUAGAAAAGAGGCAUUGAGAAAAGAAGGGUAUUUGUACAUUGAUAUGAGCGAUUUGGUAAGUGGUGAUGAACUUCAAAUUAAAGCGCAUCCGUUUUUGCAAGAAAGCCUAAAACGUGCUUUAGAUAAAGUGAAAGUUGAUGAAGGUGGCGAGACUUUACUCAAACUCUAUUCAAAGCGGAAAAGAUCAAUUGGGAAUGAUUUCUUGGAGGAAAAAAAUUAUGUGCCAUUCAUCAAUUUGGUUAAUAUCCCCUCCAUGGAAGUGAAAUUUAAAGGCAAGGUAUACCCCAAGGGAUCUUGUUAUGAUACAUUUGAGAAUUUUGAAAAUUGGGAUAUUGACAAAUCAAUGUCCAAACAUGUACAAUUGGUUGAACUUUUAUCGAGAGUGAUUAUUGACUUUUCUGAAAGUCCGUUUAUACCAUACAAUUUCCUUGAUUUAUCCAAGCUGUUGCAAGAGUCGAUGCAUUAUUUAAAACGAUUUGCUAGCUCUGUGUUCAAAGAUAUGAAUGUGAAGCCGGUAUUGCAUUAUAAAAAUUUAGAGCAGGCGGUGGAUUCAUUGAAACGAGUUAGUCUCAAAUAUACUGGCUGGCAUAAUGAUUGGAAAUCGGUGAUUACCGCAAGUGGAGGUGCGGAGCCGCCAAUUUUGGCAAUGGAACGAUGGGCAUGGAAUGACAAUAUGGUUAAAUUCAAUGAAGAGUUUAUUGGGCGUGAUCCACAGCCCAAGAGAUCGGGGUACGUCAACGCAUUAUUUGGUGUUCCCUUUUCGGCACCGGAGGAAUCUGGUGAUGAUGGAUUUGAAUGGAAUACGUUUCCCAAUAUACGGUCUGAGAUUAUUGAUCAUAAUUUUAGUGGAGCUCAAGAUCAAAUUGAUCGGUUGGCGCAAAUGAUUGCUCAAGCAGCUGAAGAUUUCUUAACUCUUGGAUGA